AUGAAGUCCGCGUUGGUCCUUGCUCUUGCUACACUUGCUGUCGCAGCACCUGGCGGCGGUCAAGGAGCCGGCUGGGGUCAGGGCGGCGGCGGUGGCGGCAGCGGCAGUGGUAACGGCAACGGAGGCCAAUGGGGAGGUGAAGGCGGUGGCCCCGGUGGUCCGGGAGGCCCUGGUGGUCAGGGCGGCAAAGGCGGCGAGGGUGCUGGUGACAACAGCAACUGGGGAGAGUGGUCAAGUCAAGGCGGACACGGAGCUCCAGCCCAAGAGAGCUCCCAAUGGCAGGACUGGAGUACCUCGGCGUCCCCAGCCCCUGUGAUCACGACAACUUCUCUUCCUCCGGUAUUGACCACGUCGCAUUGGCAAGAUUGGACUACAUCUGCACCCCCGGCUCCUGUUAUUACGACAACCUCCGUACCUCCUGCGCCGGUUAUUACCACAUCGCAUUGGGAAGAUUGGAGUUCUACUUCGGCAGCCCCGGUUUCAACAACACCGUGGAGUGACUGGACUACACCUAGCUCUGUGGCGCCCGUCCCGGAGACGACCAGCUCGUGGGCCGACUGGUCUUCCAGCGUUCCUGUGGCUCCGGCUCCGGCUCCAUCCAGCAGCGUAUGGAGUGACUGGUCUUCAGCACCCGUUAUCACUCCAACGCCGACCCCUGUUGCUCCCGAGACGACCCCAACCCCAUGGUCGACCACGGUCGUUCCGUCGUCAACAACGCCCGUGGCUCCUGUGGCGAGCACAUUCCUUGGUGCGGCCGCCCCGGCCGCGACUGGUGGCAUCAAGGUUGUCGGUGCCGCAGCCGCUCUGAUGGUCGUCGCCAUGCUUUGA